UCGGGGCAAAAGUUGAUUUGGUCCGCCCAAGUCGGUGACGAUGCCGUUGCUGCGUGUCAAAGUUGUGUCUGCGAGCAAGUUGCUGGCGCUGGACAGCAACAUCCUUGGUGGAGGAGGGCCGUCAUCGGACCCUUAUGUGCGUGUGACGUGUGGCACAGAAACGAGCAAGACCAAGGAAGUGAAAAAGUCGUUGAAUCCUCAAUGGCACGAAGAGUUUCGGUUCGGGGAAUCGGUUCUCCUCGACCUCUCGACCACGUCGCUCCACUUUCGCGUCAAGGACCACAACGUCCUCGGGCCGGCCGAAGAUCUCGGCGAAGUGACCGUGGCGCUCGAACCGCUCUUGCCGAAUCAAUGGAACAAAUUGACGCUGCCGCUUGAAACCCAUCGAAGCAUGAAGAAGGCGGCGACCGGCGACCUCGUCGUCGAAGUGUUCGUGGAUCUCAUGCAAGGAGUGGGAACUGCUCCCCCGUUGUUGAACAAAGUGGCCAGUAUGUCGGAAGACCCGGCAAGUCUGGAUGGACCGCCGGCAUUGGCAGAGGGAGGCGAUGGCGCGGCCGUCGCUGCCCCUGCGGCUGCGUGGACGUACAACGUACUCGCCGUGAGUGUGCUUGAAGGCAAAGGAUUGAAAGCUCUGGAUGGUACCGGUGCCGACGCAACGAGCGAUCCCUUUGUCAUCCUGUCGAUGGGGGGCAGCACCGUGAAGCCGCUGAAAACAAAGGUCAUCAAGAAAUCGUUGGCGCCCAAGUGGCGACAAAAGUUUUACUUUGCGAUCGACCCCAACACGAAGUAUGCCAGCACGGUCUUGACGCUCCAGUGCGAAGACCAAGACGUGUUCGGGACAGACUUUAUGGGGCUCCUGGCGAUCGACGUUCGCGAGUGGGUUGAGAAAUUCGGCGGCACGAAGACGGACAUGUGGCUGAGCCUGGGACCUAACACCAAGAACCCGAGCCGCGCGAAUCUGAACGAGGAAGAGCCCACGGAGCUUGGGUGGGGCCAACUUCACGUUGCGAUCGAGCCGUGUACGCUCGAAUGCGCGUUGGAUCGGUUGGCCCAGGGCGAGACCGACUCGGAAGUGUAUGCAGCGGGCGAUGGCGGCGAGUCCGGGUCGAACGGCGCUGUGGACGAAACGCCCGAGAACGCCAAGGAAACGGACGAAGAGAUUAAACAACGAGAAGCGGAGCAAAAGAAGAUGCUCGAAGAACUGCAGCAAGUAGAAUUCAAGAACGGCGACUACCAAAUCCAAGUCCGCGUGAUCGAAGUGCGUGAUCUGGUGCCGCAGGACGCCAACGGGUCGGCAGAUCCGGUCGUGUUUGUCGACUGCUUGGGCCAGUCCCAGCACACGUCUGUCAAGCCCAACCAGCUCAGCUGCGUCUUUGACCACCUCAUGUUUUUCAACUUGAAAGAUCUCGACAAGGAAGCGGUCGAGGGCGCGUCGAUCGAAGUCACGGUCAAGGAUGCCGACGGCCCAUUUGGCGUCGCCGACAAGAUUGGGUACUUUCGCAUCGACGUGCCGUACGUGUACUAUCAGAAGAACCACGAAAUGUAUCGGCAAUGGGUCGCCCUCGUCAAGAGCGCGGGCGAGAGCGAGCAAGGCGUGCAGGGCUACCUCUUGUUGUCGAUUGCUGUGCUGGGCCCGGGCGACAAGUACCAUAUCCACGACGUCACGGAUGUCAAGGAAGAAAACGAAAUGGUGCUGAUGCCACCACGGCUGUCGCAAGCGCUGCACUUUUUGGUGGUGACUGUUCACCGCGCCGAAGGCCUUCCCAACAUGGACAAAACCAUGGUCAGCAAGGGCGGCAUCGAUGCAUAUGUGAAGGUCCAGUUUGCCGGCGAGAAGCCGCUGACGACGCGCACCGUGUCGACAAAGGGUAGCGACGUCGAAUUCCAGCAGGAGUUGUGGUUCCCCGUUUUGCUCCCGUGCAUGUCCAACUUGAUCAAGAUCAACGUGUGGGAUUGGGACCGCGGCUCGGACGACGAGCUCGUCGCGACGUGCCGUCCGUACUAUUUCAACCAAGUCAAGGACCACCCCACGUUGUUUCAGCGCAUCUGGAGCAACUUGUACGGGGCCCCGGAAGACUCGCGCCUCCUCCAGUUCAACACAAAGCACAAACUCGACAUGAAUACGCGGCCGGACACUGCGUCGACGUAUCGCGGCCGCGUGCUUCUCUCGCUUCGCGUCGAGUCCGAGGUCAAAAACACACUCGAGAUCCCGCAUACGCGCAACUUGCUCUCGACGACGCCGUCGCCGCCGACGCAAAACUACGCAUUGCGCGCGUUUGUCUUGUCGGGAACGGAAAUCCCCGCGUUUGCGAGCAAGAUGCGGUUUGGCCAAAACUCGCGCAUGAGCGUCCGCGUGUGCUGCGGAAGCACGACACUGUGGACGAGCCGCGUGGACAAUGUCAAGGGCCUGUGCCACUGGAACGAGUUUCUCGAGGCCACCAACGUCGCGCUGCCGUCGGACCUGUCGCAAGCCCCGGACGUAUUUGUCUACCUUGUCCAUGGCGCGAUCGGGCCGGUCGCGAGCAACAUUUGCUAUGCCAGGUACAAGGCUGCCGACGUGAUCAACAGCACAGGCGAGCUGCCUCCGAUCAAGUGGAUCUCGCUCAUGGAAGACGACGUGCUGGACAACCUGGCCGACUCGACGUACACGGGCAGCAUCCUCCUGCGUCUUGCUCUCGAGCCCAUGGGCGCAUCGGGACGGACCGAGGCGGCGUGGAACGACCUGCCGAAUGUCAAGUGCCCGAAUGCCAGCUACUCGCUGCUGGUGCACUUGUUCCAGGGCCGCGGGUUGCCCGCCGCCGACGCGAAUGGACUCUUGGAUCCGUUUGUUGCGGUCACGUGCAAUGGCGUUGGGCUCAAGAGCUCGACCAAGAUCAAAACGCGCGAUCCCAUGUACUAUGAGACGCUCGUGUUCGACAUCAACAUCCCGACGGACCGAGCCCACCAGCCGCGCAUUGGGCUGCAGGUGUACGAUUGGGACCGGUGGGACAAGGAUGACUUUGUCGGCGGAGUGGCCAUCAGUCUCCAAGAUGUCGACAUCUUGUCGGCCGGUGACUACACCAAUGAGUACACAGUGCCAAAGCCCCGAUGGUACAAGCUAUCGUACGACGAAGAUGGCGACGGGAGCGAGGGCGAGCUCCUCGUGUCGUGCUCGCUCAUCGCCAAGGACUUUCCCGACCAAGUGAUCGAGCCCCCGUCUUCGAUCAAGCCCAAGAUGCAGGAAAAAUUCUUGGAAAUUACAUGCCUCGGGUUGCGCGAUCUUAGCCCGAUUGGGUUUAUGCCGCUGCACAUGCCGUUCUUGCAGUUUGACAUUGGCGAAGUCAGUUCGUCGAAUCGGCCGAAAAAGACGGGGGGAAGCUCCAAGCCGACGCCGCAGAACCCCAACUUCCUCGAACGCAUUAUCAUCCCGCUGCAGUUGCCAGAGGACGCCCAAUUCGCCCCGCGGCUCAACCUGAGUGUGUUUGAUACGCUCCUUGGCGGGUUCCACAAGCCCCUCUUGGGCACGUGCUCCAUCGACCUCACGACCAAGCUGCCAUUCUCGAACGGCGUCGAGAACCCGCUGUACGUGCCGCCCGGCGAAUGCACCAAAUACAAUUUGGGCAAUCCCCACGUGGACGGUGGUCCCGUUGUCCCAAUGGCAACGACGGCGCCGCCCGCCGCCGACGACGGCACGGGUCUUCCCCCGUUCCUUCGCACCCCGUCGUCGGCGGUGCCCGAGAUCGGGCCCGACGACGAUGAAAUCCCGGCAUACCUCAAAAACCGCAAGGUCAUGGCUGGCACGAUCGAAGAGGACUUGCAAUCGACACCGUUCGAAGUGUACGAGAUUUUUCGCGGGCAAAAGUACGGCGGGCCGGCGUCGACGUAUCAUGCCGUCGGCAAGUUCAAGGGCUUGAUUCGAGUCAUCCACAGUCGCAGCGAGCCACCACUGUUCGACUUGAAGGAGCUGCUCAACCCACAGCCGUAUGUCAUUCGAGUGUACAUCUUGGACGCAUUUGCCCUUCAAGCCAAGGACCAAAAUGGCAAGUCGGAUCCGUAUUUGCGGCUCAAGCUCGGCAACGACACGAUCGUCAACGACCGGGCGCGGUACAUCGAAGCGACACUCAACCCCAAAUUCCACACGCUGUACGAAUUCAAGGCAAACUUGCCUGGCGCGUCGGAGCUCACCAUCGAGUGCUUUGACUACGAUUUGUUUUCGCUGUCGGCAGACUGCGGCGACGACUUUAUCGGGGCAACCAAGAUCGAUCUGGAAGAUCGAUGGUUUGACGAUCGAUGGCGCACGCUGGGCCACUUGUCCGAGGGCACAUUCCGCCCCGUGGAAACGCGGCAGCUGUACACGCCGUCGAGCGUGAUCUCGCAAGGGUCGCUUCGUUUGUGGCUGGACAUUUUGACGCCGUCCGAGGCAACGGCGUUGCCGGCAGUCGACAUUUCGCUGCCCCCGAUCGAAACGUUUGAGGUCCGCGUCGUGAUUUACAAAGCCAAGGACGUUGUCCCGGGCGACGAGUUUUCCGAAAUGAGCGACCUCUUUGCCAAGUGCUGGAUGCAGUCCAACACGGACAAGGCCCAGCACACCGACGUCCACUGGCGCGCCAAGAACGGCAAAGCGUCGUUCAACUGGCGCAUGAAAUUCGACAUUGCGCUGCCCGUGGACCCGCAAAACGAGCGCGACAAAGGUCAUCUCCACGUCCAGCUCUGGGAUAAAGACAUGCUCUUUGACGACUGCCUCAGCGACACGAUCGUCAACUUGACCGAGCCGCUGAAGCUCGCGUACAAGACCAAGCAGCUCGUGAAUGUGUAUGCCAAGCAAAAGCCUGUCAAGGUCAAAUCCACCACGACGACUGUGAAGCCGAUGAACCAGCCGAGUUUGUUUGGCGCGGGGCCAGACGUCGACUUGGAAGGCGGCGAGUCGACCGCGCUGCUCACGCGAGGAUCGUCGGGGUCGACGUCCCAGCGCAACGUCGAGAAGCGCCAACCCAAGAUCGAAGACAAGAAGGAGAGCGUCGACAUGAUGAUCAAGGCGCUCAAGACGCGCAUUGGCAUGGGCGACGAUCCGGAAGAUGCCACGUGGCUGACGUGCACGACCGUGGACCCGCACACGAAGACCCGCGUCGAGGCGGGCAAGCUCCUCCUUGCGAUCGAGAUCAUUCCCAAGGCCGAAGCCGAGAUCCGCGCGGCGGGACUCGGUCGAAGCGAGCCCAACGCAUUCCCGACGUUGGCCGAGCCAGCGGAUCGAUUGCAUCUGACAGCGCUUUUCAACCCGCUCACGUUGCUCGAGUCGCUGCUCGGCCCCAAGGCGUACGGAGCGUGCUCGAGCUUCCUCUUUUGCGCAUUGAUCAUUGCGUUUUUGGUGUUUGCCGGGCCUCUCGUCAACGUUCUCUUGACGCUUAUCAACAUGAUCCCGCCUCCGUUCGGCUGGAUCGUGUUUAUCUCGUUGCUGUCAAUCCUGGUCCUUGGGUUCUGCUACUGCUCGUAUCGAUGCCGUCGCGCUAUCAGCAACGUAGACAAGGACUAGACUGUUGGACGCUGCGUGUAUAGUCCACCAGAUUGCGUGCUUUGCAUUCGUUUAUACAACGUCGAUUGCAUUG